AACCACAACAGGAGGGAGCAGAUGAGGGGAAACCAGUGGAGGUCGUGAAUGGUGGUCAGGAGAGUUUCAUCAACAAUAAGGAGCCAGUGUGUGAGGCGGAAAAGCAUCUGUGGGCGACAGUGGAGGUGACCACAGCAGAGACGGAAAGAGGGACGGAGAGUAUUGAGACCACUGAAGAGAAGGAUGAGAAGCAGGAGGAGGGUGGUGUAAUAGGGGGUGCCCAGAAAUGUGCACACACAGAGGCAGAAGUGUGUGUUGCAGAGCAGCAGAUCGAGGCGCCGGCUGGCUUCAUGUCAGCGGUAGUUGGGGUGUUUUAUAGAGGCUAUGAGACAGUGGCCUCCAUCCUGCAUACAUCUGGACCUAUGGACACAGGUCAUCCACAUCAAUCUGCAGAACAGCCAAGCCUCCUUUUAAAUAAGGAAGAUCAGCAAACUUUACAAGAAGGCGAUGUGAAGGUGCAAGAUGACGAGCCACUGAUUCCCAUUGUGGUAGACGUUCCUCCACCUAUGACUUUCGCUGACCAGACGAUUAGGAAACAGACUGGAUUAGCUCAGAAAACUUCACAUGGGCUCAGUCUGGUGGAAACUCUGAGACUGGCAGCUAGUGAGCAGGAGAAAGAGAGGGAGCAGGAGAGGGAGAUAAAGGAGAAGGAAAAGAUAGAACACAUUAACAAGGAGGAAAGAGAUAGAGAAGAGGCAGAGAGGAAAGAGAAAGCAAGGGUGGAAAAAGGAAGGGAUGAGAGACAGAGGUUUGAGAAGGAGAGAAAAGUGAUGGAGAAAGAAAUGGUUGAGAGGGGGAUAGAGGAGGAGAGAAAGAAGCUGAAAAGGGAGAAGGAAGAGCUGGAGGAAAAGGAAAAGGCAGAGAGACAGAGGUUGGAGAAGGAGAGAAAAGCAAUGGAGAAAGAAAGUGUUGAGAGGGGAAAAGAGGAGGAGAGAAAGAAGCUGAAAAAGGAGAAGGAAAAACUAGCGAAAAAGCAAAGGGAGGAGAAGGAAAAGGCAGAGAGAGAAAGAUUGGAGAAGGACAGAAACAAUAUGGAGAAAGAAAGGAUUGAGAGGGAGAAGGAGGAGAUAAAGAAGCUAAAAUGUGAGAAGGGAGAGCUGGAGAAAAAGCUAAGGGAGGAGAAGGAAAAGGAGGAGAGACAGAGGUUGGAAACGGAGAGAAAAGAGAUGGAGAAAGAAAGGAUUGAGAGGGAAAAGGAGGAAGAAAGAAAGAAGCUGAAAAAGAAGAAGGAAGAGCUGGAGAAAGAGCAAAGGGAGGAGAAGGAAAAGGAGGAAAGAGAAAGGAAGCAGCAGAUUGAGGAAGAAAAGAAAGAAAAAGAGGAGAAACAGAGGUUGGUAAAGGAGAAGGAAGAGAUGGACAGAGAAAGGAUAAAGAGGGAAAGGGAGGAGGAGAUAAAGAAGCUGAAAAAGGAGAAGGAAGAGCUGGCAAAAAAGCAAAGGGAGGAGAAGGAAAGGGCAGAGAGAGAAAGGAAACAGGAAAUUGAGGAAGAAAAGAAAGAAAUAGAGGAGAAACAGAGGUUGGAAAAAGAGAAGGAAGAGCUGGAGAAAAAGCAACGGGAGGAGGAGGAAAAGGCAGAGAGACAGAGGUUGAAGAAGGAGAGAAUUAAUAUUGAGAAAGAAAGGAUUGAGAGGGAAAAGAAAGAGAAGAUACAAAAGCUGAAAAAGGAGAAGGAAGAGCUGGCAAAAAAGCAAAGGGAGGAGAAGGAAAUCGCAGAGAGAGAGAGGCUGGAGAAGGAGAGAAAAAAUCUGGAGAAAGAAAGGAUUGAGAGGGAAAAGAAUGAGAAGAUACAGAUGUUGAAAAGGGAGAAGGAAGAGCUGGAGAAAAGGCAAAGGGAGGAGAAGGAAAAGGUACAGAGAGAAAAGAGACACCAGAUUGAGGAAGAAAAGAAAGAAAAAGAGGAGAGACAGAGGUUGGAAAAGGAGAAAGAAGAGAUGGAGAAAGCAAGGAUUGAGAGGGAAAAGGAUGAGGAGAGAAAGAAGCUGAAAAAUGAGAAGGAAGAGCUGGAGAAAAGGCAAAGAGCAGAGAAGGAAAAGGCAGAGAGAGAAAGGAAACAGCAAAUUGAAGAAGAAAAUAAAGAAAAAGAGGAAAAACAGAGGUUGGAAAAGGAGAAGGAAGAGCUAGCAAAAAAGCAAAGGGAGGAGGAGGAAAAGGCAGAGAGUCAGAGGUUGGUAAAGGAGAAGGAAGAAAUGGACAGAGAAAGGAUAAAGAGGGAAAGGGAGGAGGAGUUAAAGAAGCUGGAAAAGGAGAAGGAAGAGCUGGCAAAAAAGCAAAGGGAGGAGAAGGAAAAGGCAGAGAGAGAAAGGAAACAGCAAAUUGAGGAAGAAAAGAAAGAAAUAGAGGAGAAACAGAGGUUGGAAAAAGAGAAGGAAGAGCUGGAGAAAAAGCAAAGGGAGGAGAAGGAAAAGGUAGAGAGAGAAAGGAAACACCAGAUUGAGGAAGAAAAGAAAGAAAAGGCAGAGAGACAGAGGUUGGUAAAGGAGAAGGAAGAGAUGGACAGAGAAAGGAUAAAGAGGGAAAGGGAGGAGGAGAUAAAGAAGCUGAAAAAGGAGAAGGAAGAGCUGGCAAAAAAGCAAAGGGAGGAGAAGGAAAGGGCAGAGAGAGAAAGGAAACAGGAAAUUGAGGAAGAAAAGAAAGAAAUAGAGGAGAAACAGAGGUUGGAAAAAGAGAAGGAAGAGCUGGAGAAAAAGCAACGGGAGGAGGAGGAAAAGGCAGAGAGACAGAGGUUGAAGAAGGAGAGAAUUAAUAUUGAGAAAGAAAGGAUUGAGAGGGAAAAGAAAGAGAAGAUACAAAAGCUGAAAAAGGAGAAGGAAGAGCUGGCAAAAAAGCAAAGGGAGGAGAAGGAAAUCGCAGAGAGAGAGAGGCUGGAGAAGGAGAGAAAAAAUCUGGAGAAAGAAAGGAUUGAGAGGGAAAAGAAUGAGAAGAUACAGAUGUUGAAAAUGGAGAAGGAAGAGCUGGAGAAAAGGCAAAGGGAGGAGAAGGAACAGGUACAGAGAGAAAAGAAACACCAGAUUGAGGAAGAAAAGAAAGAAAAAGAGGAGAGACAGAGGUUGGAAAAGGAGAAAGAAGAGAUGGAGAAAGCAAGGAUUGAGAGGGAAAAGGAGGAGGAGAGAAAGAAGCUGAAAAAUGAGAAGGAAGAGCUGGAGAAAAGGCAAAGAGCAGAGAAGGAAAAGGCAGAGAGAGAAAGGAAACAGCAAAUUGAAGAAGAAAAUAAAGAAAAAGAGGAAAAACAGAGGUUGGAAAAGGAGAAGGAAGAGCUAGCAAAAAAACAAAGGGAGGAGGAGGAAAAGGCAGAGAGACAGAGGUUGGUAAAGGAGAAGGAAGAAAUGGACAGAGAAAGGAUAAAGAGGGAAAGGGAGGAGGAGUUAAAGAAGCUGAAAAAGGAGAAGGAAGAGCUGGCAAAAAAGCAAAGGGAGGAGAAGGAAAAGGCAGAGAGAGAAAGGAAACAGCAAAUUGAGGAAGAAAAGAAAGAAAUAGAGGAGAAACAGAGGUUGGAAAAGGAGAAGGAAGAGCUGGAGAAAAAGCAAAGGGAGGAGGAGGAAAAGGCAGAGAGACAGAGGUUGGAGGAUGAGAGCAAAGAGAUGGAGAAAGAAAGGAUUGAGAGGGAAAAGGAGGAAGAAAGAAAGAAGCUGGAAAAGGAGAAGCAAGAGCUGGAGAAAAAGCAAAGGGAGGAGAAGGAAAAGGAGGAGAGACAGAGGAAGCAGCAGAUUGAGGAAGAGAAGAAAGAAAAAGAGGAAAAACAGAGGUUGGAAAAGGAGAAGGGAGAGAUGGAGACAAAGCAAAGGGAGGAGAAGGAAAAGGCAGAGAGACAGAGGUUGGAUGAUGAGAGAAAAGAGAUGGAGAAAGAAAGGAUUGAGAGGGAAAAGGAGGAAGAAAGAAAGAUGCUGGAAAAUGAGAAGGAAGAGCUGGAGAAAAAGCAAAGGGAGGAGAAUGAAAAGGAGGAGAGACAGAGGAAGCAGCAGAUUGAGGAAGAGAAGAAAGAAAAAGAGGAGAAACAGAGGUUGGAAAAGCAGAAGGAAGAGAUGGACAGGGAAAGGAUUAAGAGGGAAAGGGAGGAGGAAAUAAAGAAGCUGAAAGAGGAGAAGGAAGAGCUGGAGAAAAAGCAAAGGGAGGAGAAGGAAAAGGAGGAGAGACUGAGGAAGCAGCAGAUUGAGGAAGAGAAGAAAGAAAAAGAGGAAAAACAGAGGUUGGAAAAGGAGAAGGAAGAGCUGGAGAAAAAGCAAAGGGAGGAGAAGGAAAAGGCAGAGAGACAGAGGUUGGAGGAUGAGAGCAAAGAGAUGGAGAAAGAAUGGAUUGAGAGGGAAAAGGAGGAAGAAAGAAAGAAGCUGGAGAAGGAAGAGCUGGAGAAAAAGCAAAGGGAGGAGAAGGAAAAGGAGGAGAGACAGAGGAAGCAGCAGACUGAGGAAGAGAAGAAAGAAAAAAAGGAGAAACAGAGGUUGGAAAAGGAGAAGGAAGAGCUGGAGAAAAAGCAAAGGGAGGAGAAGGAAAAUGCAGAGAGACAGAGGUUGGAGGAUGAGAGAAAAGAGAUUGAGAAAGAAAGGAUUGAGAGGGAAAAGGAGGAAGAAAGAAAGAAGCUGGAAAAGGAGAAGGAAGAGCUGGAGAAAAAGCAAAGGGAGGAGAAGGAAAAGGAGGAGAGACAGAGGAAGCAGCAGAUUGAGGAAGAGAAGAAAGAAAAAGAGGAGAAACAGAGGUUGGAAAAGCAGAAGGAAGAGAUGGACAGGGAAAGGAUUAAGAGGGGAAGGGUGGAGGAGAUAAAGAAGCUGAAAGAGGAGAAGGAAGAGCUGGAGAAAAAGCAAAGGGAGGAGAAGGAAAAGGCAGAGAGACAGAGGUUGGAGGAUGAGAGCAAAGAGAUGGAGAAAGAAAGGAUUGAGAGGGAAAAGGAGGAAGAAAGAAAGAAGCUGGAAAAGGAGAAGGAAGAGUUGGAGAAAAAGCAAAGGGAGGAGAAGGAAAAGGAGGAGAGACAGAGGAAGCAGCAGAUUGAGGAAGAGAAGAAAGAAAAAGAGGAGAAACAGAGGUUGGAAAAGGAGAAGGAAGAGCUGGAGACAAAGCAAAGGGAGGAGAAGGAAAAGGCAGAGAGACAGAGGUUGGAGGAUGAGAGAAAAGAGAUGGAGAAAGAAAGGAUUGAGAGGGAAAAGGAGGAAGAAAGAAAGAAGCUGGAAAAGGAGAAGGAAGAGCUGGAGAAAAAGCAAAGGGAGGAGAAUGAAAAGGAGGAGAGACAGAGGAAGCAGCAGAUUGAGGAAGAGAAGAAAGAAAAAGAGGAGAAACAGAGGUUGGAAAAGGAGAAGGAAGAGAUGGACAGGAAAAGGAUUAAGAGGGAAAGGGAGGAGGAAAUAAAGAAGCUGAAAGAGGAGAAGGAAGAGCUGGAGAAAAAGCAAAGGGAGGAGAAGGAAAAGGAGGAGAGACUGAGGAAGCAGCAGAUUGAGGAAGAGAAGAAAGAAAAAGAGGAAAAACAGAGGUUGGAAAAGGAGAAGGAAGAGCUGGAGACAAAGCAAAGCGAGGAGAAGGAAAAGGCAGAGAAACAGAAGUUGGAAAAGGAGAGAGAAAGGAUGGACAGGGGAAGGAUUUUGAAAGAAAAGGAGGAGGGGAGAAAGAAGUUGGAAAAAGAGCAGAUUGGGAAAGAAAAUGAGGAAAGGAAGAGAAAGAACUCUGUUAUGGCUGGUGAUAAUUCUGGUCUGAGGUCAGUGAAAAAAGGCAACCUGCAAUCUGGUGCCAUUCCAGUGUGGUUGAGAGAGGAGGAGGAGGACGAUGAGGUGGAGUAUGAGAGAGGACAGGAAGAUCUUGGCUCUGUCUGGAUGGCUGAGAUGUACAUGGAAGGGGGAGGGAGUAUGAAGCUGCUAAUCCCAGACCCCCGGGAGAUUGACUUUGAAACAUCAGAGCUUGUUGAUCACAGAUGUGACUUGAGGCACGACUGUGAUACCAUGCAGGAAAUAUCUCUAACUGAGGAUGAAGAGCUACAAUCCAUUGAGUUGGGGCAAAAUCAAGUAGGCGAGGAUGAUGUGCUAAAAGGCCAACAGGCUGACUUCCCUGGUGGUGAAAAGAAGAAAGCACCAUCACAUCUUGUAGACACCUCCAGCUACGAAACCUCGGACACACACAUUGCUCCUCCUCAUGAGAUGACAUCAUCCAGACUGCCUACGUUAACGGAAGAAGAACCCUCUGAAAUUAAGCCCCCUCCUCCUUCUCCAAUGUUCAGAGAGGAGGCUGACGGGAAGGAUGAUGCAGCUGAGGGCCUGGUGACCUCGAGCCAGUCUCUGCUGCAGUGGUGUCAGGACAUCACCAAAGCUUACCGCAGGAUAAAGGUCACCAACUUCAGCACGUCCUGGAGAAAUGGCCUAGCGUUCUGUGCUAUCCUACAUCAUUUCCAUCCUGACAAAAUACAUUUUGACCAGUUGGACCCUCAUGACAUCAAGCUCAACAACAAAAAGGCAUUUGACGGAUUCGAGGCGCUGGGCAUCUCUCGCCUGAUGGAGCCGUCCGACAUGGUUCUCCUGUCCGUCCCCGACAGGCUCAUUGUCAUGACCUACCUCAGCCAGAUCCGCUCACACUUCACCAACCAGGAACUGAGCGUGCUGCAGAUUGAGCACAACAGCAGCCAGUCCAGCUACGGCCUCGCCCUCUCCGGUCCCGGUCCGACCAAUGUCGACGCUGCAGCUUUUUGCAUGGCCCGACUGAACGAAGGAGUGAGCCUUGAGGAAGGAGGAAGCAGCACGUUGGUUGUCCCUCCACCGAGGAUAAAAAGACUGGGUAAAGGGGACGAGUCGAUAUCACCAGUCCCACCCCCAAGGUCCAAAGGAGUCAAAUCUGGACAGACUCAGGAUGAAGACACAAAGACUGGGAUCCCUAAUAACACAGAGAGUACAGAUGAGACCCAGCCUCCCAAACAAGAGGAGGAAACAAUGUGUCUGCAGGACACCAGUCAGUAUGUGCUGAGCGAGCUGGCAGCGUUGGAGACGGAGCAGAAGCACAUCGACAGCAGAGCGGCUGUGGUGGAGAGGAGACUGCGAAGCCUCAUGGAAACAGGAAGCGACCGUGCUGAAGAAGAGAGACUGAUCCAGGAGUGGUUCACUCUGGUGAACAAGAAAAACGCUCUGAUACGCAGACAGGACAACCUGGAGCUUCUACAACAGGAGCAGGAUCUGGAGAGGAGGUUUGAGCUGCUGAACAGGGAACUGCGGGUCAUGAUGGCUAUAGAAGACUGGCAGAAGUCGUCCACUCAGCAGCAGAGGGAGCAGCUGCUCCUCCAGGAGCUCGUGUCUUUGGUCAACCAGCGGGACGAGAUCAUCAGAGACAUCGACGCAAAGGAGAGAGGGGCAAUAGAGGAAGAUGAGCGUCUGGAGCGCGGUCUGGAGGCAAGGAGGCAAAAAUAUAACAACAAAGACAAAUGUGUCCUACAGUGAGAGGAGUUUUUACUACUGAGACUCUGCAGUUCUGAAAGCGCCACAUUUCGGUUUUUUUUAGAGGACAUUUUCCUGGAGAAUUGUUAAAACCCAUUAGGCUAUAAGGAAAGACAAGAUGUGGGUCGCACACUGUCUCUUCUUUGAAAGUGUUUUCUUGAAAUGUACUAUAUGUUCAUGUUGAAGUUUCAGUCUGUCGUAAGUAUUAUUCUAGUUCUGUUCACAUAUUUGUAUUUAUUUAAAUGAUGCCUCAGAUUGUUGUACAUCUAUUGCACAUGUGUUUGUGUGGAUAUCCAUUGGUGUGUUUGUUCUUUAUUUGAACACUGGCUAUUAAUCUUUUUGUUAAAUUAAGUUAAUGUUCCCCUCAUCAUAAAAGAGCUUGUUCAAAUCUGUCGAAAACCCAAAUGUGCCUUUUUGUUGUUUCUGCAGAUAUUCGUCUUACAUUUCUUUUUCUGCAAGUUAACAAUAUUUGGUUGUAACUUGUCACAAAUAGUAGAUGUAAAAAAACAUGUGACAAGUCAUGAGCUGGACUCAAACUCACGAUAUUGAGAGUACAGUUUACAUUUUAAGGAUUACUGCCGACAGUCCAUUCUUAUAAACCCCAAAAACAUUUCCACUUGUUGCAAUAUUGAUAUUUUUUUCCUUUCUGAUGUUAUAUGUUGAAAGUGUUCUCUAUAUUAAGGAGUUUUCAAACCUUGUGUGCUCACAGACCCUGAAUGCCUUAAAUCAGCCAUAACGUGUAUGGUUGGAAUGUUUGUGCCUAUUUAAUCCACAGAAAUUAACCUGUUUCCUCACGUCUGUGAACUUCGACUACUAUAUGCAUGCUGUUUGCAGUGUGCUGAUAAAGUGGGGCUUUUCACCCUUACUAUAUGACUUUCACACACUGUACCGCUGAUGUUGCUGUUUAUAUUUAUGAGGUGAAGACUUGAUGAAUGAUAUUGAUAAAUAUGUUGAAGAAGCAUAAAUAUUGGUUGGUUAUGUC